UAAGCCAACCUCAACACUUUCACACUUUGACUUUGAAAAAAUGAACUCAACUGAAAACCAACAAGACUACAACUACUCAACAGCAACACCAACUAACUAUUACGAGCAACAACAACAACAAGCAGAACAACAAACAGAAGAACACGACCUAGAACGCUCGACGACCAGUAAGCCGAGGAACACUAUAACUCCAUCCACAAAGGCCACCUUCUGGAAAAAUGCACUCAUCAAUGCCUCCUUCAUCGCUUCCUGGUACCUCUUCGCAACACUCAUCUCACUCUACAACAAAUGGAUGUUCUCACCCGAUCAUUAUAACUUCCAGUACCCCCUCUUCGUCUCUGCUUGUCAUAUGUACAUCCAAUUCGGUCUGGCCGCCUUGACAUUGGCUCUCUUUCCAUCCAUCAGAUCAAGAACACGACCUACCUCACACGAUUAUCUGAGGAAAGCUCUUCCUUGUGGAAUGGCUUCAGGUUUAGAUAUUGGAUUAUCAAAUACCAGUCUCAAAACAGUCACCCUGUCCUUUUACACCAUGUGCAAGUCGUCAUCUCUAGCAUUUGUACUAUUAUUCGCAUUCCUCUUCAAGCUAGAAAAGCCGACGUACAAGUUAACAGGAAUCAUCCUACUGAUCACUGCUGGAGUGGUCCUGAUGGUCUCCUCGGAGACCCAGUUCGAUUUCUGGGGGAUGGUCGAAGUCUUAUCGGCUUCCUGUUUGGGAGGACUGAGAUGGUCAUUAACUCAGAUCCUAUUGGAUAAACAAUCCAUGGGCAUGAACACGCCGAUCGCCACGAUCUUCUGGUUGGCUCCGACUAUGGGACUCUCCCUCUCCUUCUGCUCCUUGAUUUUCGAAGGCUGGAGUAAUCUCUUGAGCGAACAGGCGUUCUUUGGCGAUCUCGGGAAGAGCUUCAUGACGAUGACUUACAUCGCUACUGCUGGUGUCUUGGCCUAUCUGAUGACGGUUAGCGAAUAUUUUUUGAUCCAACGGACCUCAGUGGUCACUCUUUCGAUUGCUGGAGUAUUCAAAGAAGUCGGAACGAUUUUCUUGUCGACAGUCAUCUUCCAUGAUAUCAUGACACCAUUGAACAUAUCUGGAUUAGGAAUCACUUUAUUCGGCAUCGGCCUGUACAACGUACUCAAAUAUAAACAGAGCUUAAAGAAUGUCAAUCUAUCUGAUGGACGAGAUCGACAAGGCUCGAUAGUCUUGACAAACCGGACGAAGGAAGACUCAAAGAUCUAUUCGAAGCUGGAGGACGAUGAAGAGGAAGAUGUUGAUCUUGAUUCAGGCUCAGAAGAAGGAGAAGAAGAACACCAGCAUCACGUCGCACAUCCAAACAAUGAUUACGAAGACCUCGAUCGAGAUCGAGACGAUUCGAUUGACAGUAAUAUCGAUCCUCGUCGUCGGCUGAUGCUGAUGACUGAAAAAGCCCCUUCCCUUCAAUGAUCAACCCAUUUUGUCCACCAAACCAAAAAAAACCCGCUCCAUAUGAUUUCUUCUUCCUCUCUUCGCUUUUUUUCAACUUGCGUGUGUGUGUUUAUCAUCUAAGGCAGAAAGAACGGGAACGGUCUGUUGAAGUUUUCUCUUCGUUUUUUCUUUUUUCUUUUCAUCUCUAUGUGUGCAUCCAUUGACUGUCUAUAAAGUAAAGACAUUGUAAUUUUUUUACCUCAUUUUGCUCUUGGAUUGCAACAGGCUCCUGCUUUUUUGUCCUUUCUUCAUUAUUCUCAUCAUCCCAUCCCAUUUUUUUUUUUGUCAAGAUUGUGUUUAGAGACUUUCCUUUUGUUCCCCCUUUUCGACUCUCCAAUAAAUACGUCAAUAGAUUUUGUUUUGUUUUGCCUUUGUGAUUUAUCUCAUUCAUUUCUCAUCCAAGAUUAAUUGAUCAUUUAAUUACAAAAAGUUUUUCAUAUCAUCUCUCUUUUGUUUGUUUGCUGAUUCUGCUCAUAUGUUUGUCUCCUUCAAUGUCUCUGGGUUUGUGUUUGUGUUGAGAUGUGGCCAUUCGAGUUGUUCAUAGUCUGUUUCAAUCUCUUGGGUACACUUCAUCCUUUGCUUCCUUUUUAUCCAAUCCUUUUUUGUGGGCUUGAACAUGCAAAGAAGUAGAUACGAGUUUUCACAU